AUGGUAGAUGAAGAAAUGGGAAUCAAAAAGAAGGGUACUGAUGAGAGGGCCUCAAGCAACACUCAGGUGGCUCUCGGCGCCAGCGGCAGUGGAUGUGGAUACAAGCCCCCGACCAUUGGAGAAUACGAUGGCAGUAAAGAUCCAGAGGAUCAUCUCCACAAGUUCAGGAAUGUUGCGUUGUUAUAUCAAUACAUCAACGCUAUUAAGUGCCGACUAUUCUUAAAUACUCUAUCUGGCUCGGCACAGAAAUGGUUUGAUGGAUUAUCGAACGGGUCCAUCACCUGUUUUCAUGAUUUCAAGACUGUCUUCUUAUGCCACUUCAACAACAGCAAGAAGUACCAGAAGACAGACCAUUGUCUCUUCGCUCUUAAGCAAGGGUCGGCCGAGCCCUUGCGAAGUUAUAUCAAGCGCUUCAACCAGGUGGCACAGGACGUCCCAUUCGCUACUUCAGAAAUACUGAUGAGCGCCUUCUCUCAUGGACUAGUAGAGGGGGGGUUCUUCCGAGAUCUCAUCCGAGACCCUAUGAAGAACUUUGCUGAGAUGCUCGGGAAGGCAGCUAGCUAUAUCAACAUAGAGGAGGCUCAGACCGCUCAACGCAAAGCAGACAAGGCACCUACUCCCGCCAAUAAUCCAGAGAAGAGGCCGCCCCAACCACUAGCUCAGCCUCUUCCACGGGUCCGGGAUGCCCGACCACCCUUCCCCCCUGAUCAGGAUCCCAGGCCGGCACAAUGUGUGGAAGCUAUUCAAGCCCCUAGGCCUGGGCAAUGGGGACCACGUUAUUGCACUUGUCAUCGGUCCCACACCCAUGCCACAAGUGAUUGCUUCCAGUUCGCCUGA